GUUGACCUUCAGAGCAGUGAGAAAGAGAAGGAGAGGCUCUCAGCAGAGCUGCGAAGGUCGCAAAACGUUGUGCAAAACAUGGACGACCUGAAGAGUGAGAACCAGGAGUUACGUAGGAGGCUGUUGCAGGCGGAGGCUCUGCAGGACUGUCCAGAUGACGGUCUAAGGGUGCAGUGUCAGACUCUUACCUGCCAGCUACAGGAUACUCAGGCGAAGUUGGCGGCUGAGAAGGAGCAGUCAAAAAACAUCAGUAGACGAGUUGAGGGUCUGGACAGAGAGCUCAGUCAUGUCAAGGAUCAGCUGGAGAAUGUGAUCUCAUCAUAUGAGGAGGCACAACGGAAAAAUAGCAAACAAGAGAUACUGCUAAAGGAAGCGCAUUUGAUGAUCGCAGAUAAAGAAGGCAUCAUAGAAGAGAAGGAAGACCUCAUGAGGCUCGUGAGACAUGAGAAAGAAGAGCUUGCUAGAGAAAACCAGAGUCUCAUGAGUGGUAUCGAGCGGAUGCGCAGUGCUUAUGCUGAACUCCAAGCAGCUCCCCCUGCCGACUCAUCAUACAUGCAGCCUGACAUCACCUCACCCCUUGACACCACUUCAUCCAUCCAUGAAUGGCAACAGCAGGAGACACCUGAAGAGGCUGAGCACCUGUAUGAGACCAUAGGGAGUGUUGCAGACCCAGUAGAGCAGUCGUUGGUGUGUCGUCACUGCCAGGAGAGCUUCCCCCUCAUAACCCAACAGGAACUGGAGCAGCACGAGCAGAGUCACAGAGUCUGUCCCUUCUGCACGAUGAUCUGUGACAACAUGGAGCAGUCUGUGUUUGAAGAUCACGUCUACAGCCACGAGGUGUGAGAAAGUCACCGGGUGUGAUUCAAAUGUCUGGAGGGGAAAAAUGUCUUACAAGGUGGUUGGUCAUGUGUAAAAGGACCACGCUGAUAUUUUUGCACAAUUUACUGCAAAUUACUGUUGACUAUUUUCCAAAGCAUACUGAAGUUUUCUACCUUCCAACAGCUAUUAGUGUCCAUCGUGCGUUCAGUCUGCGGGAGAGCCAGCUGACUUGAACCCUGCCUGAGUUAUGCAAUCCAUCACUGUGAACACAGUGUUCUCAUUUAUUUUGGUCAGAUGUUAUCACUGUUAUGCAUUUAGUGGAGCUGGUUUUUAAAGGUCUGCAGUGGAUUACCACACAACAUUUUUGACAUGUGUCAGUAUGGUACCCAAAAACACAAAACCCUUAUUUUCUUUAAGCGAAGAUGUAUUUUGCCUAAAAUAAGACACUGAAUUCACAUUUUCUAAUUACUUAUAAUUAAAUCACCAGCAACAGUCCACUAGACACAAGUUUCUGGCUCUCCCUUCUUUAGUGUGUGUGUUAAGCACAAAACAAGUCUACGAACGUUCAUGCAUGUAGUUUAGCCAGUUAUGAAAUGUAAGAUGAAUAUUUGCAAUAUUUGCUGUAAUGGACUUGUGCUCAUGGAUGGUACAUGUAGCACCCUAAAAGAUCUUAAAUAUAAUAGUUAGUAGAGCCCGUUUCUCUCUUUGUUAUGUAGAAAAGUGGCAAAAUUCUGAUUUAAACCCUAAAGAAGUACUGAUGUUCGAUACCCAGCCCUACACAACUCGUUUAUUAUAAUAAAUAGUACAAAAAUAAAAGUAGGCUUGAUGUUCACAGUUAAAUUAAUUUUAAACCUAUGAUAUGCUUUGGAAAACUAACAGCAGUAAGGUAUAUAUGAUUUGGAGAUAUGCUUAAACAAUGGAACGGUCCUUGAAGUCGAUAUAAAAUUGUAAUUUUAAAUAACGACGGCACAUUUAAAACUUGAUAUAUUAACCACAAUAUAGCUUUGCACUUAUCUGAGGAACUUCUGAUCUACUAUAACCAGAUCACACUGAUGUAAGUGUUUAUUACCCAAGUUUCUGUAGAUUUUAAAAUGUACAUGACAGAAUGUAUUGUUGAUAUGAGGCUGAGCAAUGAUCCAAAGUGAAUUGAUAUCAAUGAUCAAUUCAAAUGAAUAAAUGUAAGUGCAUUUUAAGUCCUGCUAACGUAAUAAAAGUUGAGUUAAACUGCUA